UGGUCCUUUUAGUCACUGAUACCGCGAAGGUCCUUCAACUUUAACAGAUGUCCGCGUUAACAUAACAAGAUUUACUACCAGCACACUCAACAUUCUUUUUACACACAGUACGUGGAUUUCUUAAAAAAACUAUGUCUCGAUGGACAUGCGGCAUUUUUGACUUUUUCUCGCUUGCAAUAAAACACCAACUAUACCAGCCAACUCAAAUAGAAAUCUUCGGUCGGCACGAAAAUGAGCGAGAUACCUGGAACUGGGCCGUGCUCACAUGCGACCCGGGAGUAGAUCAUAACAUUAUAUCUCAUCAACUCGUAGCGGAGGUGCUGCAAGUGUUAGUGCAGCCGAUAGACGAAAAGACGGAACCUUGUGUACAUACAUAUGGACGCGGCGAAAAGAUAAUAGGAUACGUGGAUCUUACAUGGUGUUUUGAGAAGAACAAUAGACGGAUGCAAACCACGCGGUUCUGGGUCACUUCGACGGAAAACCCUUCUUACGAUGCGAUACUCGGGCGGACGGAUGCCGAGCAAUGCGGUCUGAUGAGACAUAAAAGGAGAUUUUGGUGAUCCGUGAGACAUUCCGGGAAGGGGACUUCUCGGUGAGAGAACAGAAAUUCUCCUGGCUCUCAGACGGCUUUGCAUAUUAUGG